CCGCCCUUCCCCAAGAUGGCGGCGCCCGUCGGGGCGGGCGCGGUGCGGCUGCGGUUGCACUUCGACUUCCCGCCGCCGCGGAGCCCGGAGUGCGCGCGCUGCUGGCUGCUGCUGGAGCCCGGCCAGGCGCGCCUCGUCACCGACCUGGCCAGCCUCGUGCGCGACAAGUUCGGCUUCAGCCGCCGAGCGCGGAUCAGCCUCUUCCUGGACGGGGCGCUGCUGCCGCCCACCGAGAGCGCCCGCCUCGUGCGCGACAACGACUGCCUGCGAGUUAAAUUGGAAGAGGUAACUGCAGAGGGUUAUAAUGAGGUCAGUAAUGGCUUCGUUUAUUCAUCAAGGAAAGUCAGAAAGAGGCACAGGCAAAAGCUGGAGGAGGAGGGGGAGGAGGAAUCAACAAGUGAAGAUGACAGGCCCACAAGGAAAAAGAUGACGACUAAACGGAGCUCUGAACAUGCUGCUUGUAAGGAUGAGAAUACGGAAGAUGUUGGGAAUUAUCCAAAGAAGUCCAAGAACCGAAAGAAAAAGAAAGAGUUGAACAGAAAAGAUGGAAGAGCAGAAUGCAAGGACAGCACUACCGAUCAAUCUAAAACUCAUAAAAAGUCAGAAAGGAAGAAGGAGCUGGAGACUAAGAAGAAUGCAAAGCAGAAGACAACAAAAGCCACUGCAACAAAAUCUGAUUUAGGACGGCUGAACCACAGCAUCCCUCUGUGUCAGAGUAAAAACAGCACAGUAAAAAAUGCCAUGCAGUCCAGCAAAGAGAGGGAGGGGACUUCUGAUUCCGACUCCUCUAGCUUGUCGUCUGACACGGACAGUGACACUGAUGCAAAGCAGGAUAAAUUCUCACACAAGUCCACAGUGGCAACACAACACAAAGACAAAUCCCAAGUUGCUGCAAGUUCUGCUGCGAAAACUGUUGCUACUAGCAAAGUUACUGCCAAGUCUAAAGAGAAAAACUCCCCUAAGAUUGCAGUUAGUAAAAAAGCUAAAUCCCCGUCCUCCAGUUCAGAAUCUGACUCCAGUACAGAAGAGGAGCAAAGCAAUAACUCAAAGAAGAAGUCGCCACCUAAUAAUAAUUCAACCACCGUAGAAAAUGAUGUUGCAGAGACCCCCAAAGCAAAGACCUCUCUUGCAGAAUCUAAGAGUUCAGAUUCAGAUACCUUUGUCAUUAAAAAGCCCAAUGCAAUCGUUGGAUUAAAUAAUUCCUUCAGAAAAAAUGGUGCUAAUUGGUCACAGAUUAGCAUUCAGGGACCAGCCACAAGCCCCAGCAGUUUUGGGAGGGGGCGAGGAAGAGGAGAGGAUAACUACUUCUGGCGAGGGUCUCGUGGCCGUGGGUAUCGUGGAGGGUUCAGGGGCCGAGGCCGUGGGAGAGGAGAAAACAGUAGUUUCUUCUAUAACUACAGCAAUGAAAGCCAGAAACAACAGCAGCUAAAUGAAGUGGUGACGAACACUUCAGCCAUUAUUCAGAAUCCAGUGGAGAUUCCAAAGAGGGACUAUAGUGUAUUACCUCUGUUAGCUGCCCCACCACAAAUAGGGGAGAAAAUUGCCUUCAAGUGUUUGGAAUUAACUGAAAAUUACACACCAGAAGUAUCUGACUACAAGGAAGGAAAAAUAGUCAGUUGGAAUGCUGAAAGCAGACAGAUAGAGAUUGAGAUUCUUUCAUCUUCAUCAAACAAGUCGGUUAAAGAGCCAGGAAAGUUUGAUCUGGUGUACCAGUCUGCAGAUGGAGCCGAAACAAUAGAGUAUGCUGUUUCUCAGGAAACAAAGGUCACAGAAAGCUGGGAUGCACUGAUUGAGCCAAGACUGAUUGUUGAGUCAUCUUCUACUGAACUGAGCACAGAAAAGGAAAAAAAUUAAGAUGUGAACUCACUUUCCCUAGGUGUAUAUAACAAGAGAACUGUUUUGUGAAGUACUGCGUUGGUUCUGAAGACAGCUGAAUUCACUGUUGGUUUGUUUGUUUUUUUUUAAUAAAGGAUUUUAAAAACUGAAA